UAGCAAAAUUUCAACCAUAGAGGGCGCAGUUCAAUAUGGCAGCCUCCAGAGACGAAAAUGUGCGUCAUAAAACGUCGGGAAAAACAGCUUCUGGAAAACCAUGCAGAGCAUGUACAGACUUCAGAUCAUUUGCAAAAGGGCAAGGACUAGCCUUUCCACCUGGAAUGCAUACAGAUAAAUCCACGAGUGGUAAUAAAGAGCCGCCCGGCGAUCCUGAGUGCCCCCUGGAUCGGGAAGAGCUUGGCCGGAACACCUGGUCAUUUCUGCACACGACGGCCGCAUACUACCCGGACCAACCAACAGAGACACAACAGAGCGAGAUGGGACAGUUUAUCAAUCUCUUCUCCAAGUUCUUUCCCUGUGAUGUGUGUGCUGAGGAUCUCAGAGAGAAGUUGAAGACCAACCAGCCAGAUACCAGCAGUCGACACAAUCUCUCCCAGUGGUUCUGCAGGCUGCAUAAUGACGUCAGUCGCAGAAUAGGCAAACCGGAGUUUGACUGCAGCAAAGUGGACGAGCGAUGGAGGGACGGAUGGAAAGAUGGAUCAUGUGACUGGUGACACAGGAUAUAGUCAGAGAACAGCCAGCGUGGUGUUGACCUUAUUACCUCAGCCAAUCAUGUCAAGGAAUAAUGAUGUCACCGCAUAUAUCAACCAAUGAAAUCCUUUAAGCUGUGAAGGUUCUUUCAUCAUAUCCAUGCAAGGUCUUCAGCCUAUGAAGCAGCUUAUCAGGGUACAUGUAUCUGACCAUUUGGCCCUGUAGUUUUAAAAUGUAUUUAUUUCAAGAGUUCCUUUAAAAAAAUUAUUGAACAUCUGAUGCAAUAAUGAGAUACUGUGAGAGUUCUAGGUUAUGUCAAAUUUCUUUUUUAUUAAAAUAACACAGAUGUACAAAAGUAUUAAAUUUAUAUUUAAAAAAAUGACAAGGUUAUACAUAA